UGCUACUUUCUUUUGGUUCUCACUCUCAUUGCUAGCCUCUCUCAUAGACUCUCUAGUCUCUUGACUUUCCCUUGCAGUGCCCUCGAUUUCUCUCUUUCUGGAGUCUUGCCGACGCCGUCUCAUCUCAUUUCUCUCUCUUGGUCUUGCCGACGCCGUCUCCUGUCCUCCUCUCUUGAUUUUGCCGGUUGUGGCCUCGCCUUUGUUGGUCAGCUGUCGAUCAGCCCACUAUUAGCCAGGCUUUGCUGCUGUCAAAUACGGUCCUUCAAUAUCACCCGUACUCCUGAGAGAACAAAAAUGGCGGAAGCUGUCAUCCUUGGUAUUGCUGGAAAUAUCGUUGAUUAUCUGGUUCCUAAAGCACUAGAAAAGGUUGGAAAGUUAUGGGGUGUCAAGCAUGAACUCGAGAUACUCAAGGAAACUGUCUCCACGCUUCAUGCUGUACUAGAGGAUGCAGAGGAGCAAUACCACCGGAGUCGCCAAAUCAAAGUUUGGCUUGACAAAUUGAAAGAUGCUUUCUAUGAUGCGCAGGAUGUGCUUGAAGAAUUCAACAUAGAAGCUGUGCGACGAGAACUGAGUGGCCAUAAUGAGAUGAUGAAGGAGGUAAGAACAUUUUUCUCAAGUUCAAACCAGCUUGCUUUUAAACUGAAGAUGAGUAACAAAGUAAGAGCAGUGAGGGAGAAAAUAGAAGCCAUUAAGGCUGAUAGGAAAUUCCACUUGGAUGAUCGCUCCGUGGAUUCACGAGUAGAGAGACAGUGGAGGAAAAGAGAAGAGACGCAUUCGUUUAUAAGUGAGGGAGAUAUUAAAGGCAGAGACGAUGACAAAACGGCGGUUAUAAAAUUUCUAUUGGAUUCAAACAUGAAAGAGAACGUCUCCAUCCUUCCAAUAGUUGGUAUUGGUGGGCUUGGAAAAACGGCACUUGCUCAAUUUAUAUAUAAUGAUGAGAUGGUAAGUAAACACUUUCACUUGAAAAUGUGGGUCUGUGUCUCCAAUGACUUUGACGUGAAAAAAAUAGUCACAAAUAUCAUAGCUUGUGCAAAGAAGAAAGCACCCAGCGAAGAUGCAAUGGAACAGCUGCAAAGUGAACUGAGGAAAGAAAUUGAUGGAAAGAGAUAUCUCUUAGUUUUAGAUGACUUGUGGAAUGAAGAACCAGAAAAUUGGUUGAGCUUGAAAAGAUUACUGGUGGGAGGUGCUAGAGGAAGCAAGAUCCUUAUAACUACACGCCUUCCAUCGAUUGCGACGAUCACUGAUGCUGCUCAAUCUCAUCAUCUUGGGGGCUUAUCUGACAGCUUAUCUCUUGAUUUAUUAAUGCAAAUGGCUUAUCGAAAAGAAGAGGAGGUGCAAGAUCCUGAAAUGCUAGAUAUUGCCAAAGAGAUAGUUAGAAAGUGCUCUGGGGUUCCAUUGGUGGUUCGAACUGUUGGGACUUUACUAUCCUUUAAGAAAACUAAACUCGAAUGGUUAACUUUCAAAGAUUAUGAGCUCCCAGAUGUGUCUCAAAGGGCAGACAAAAUAACAUCUGUUUUGAGGCUAAGUUAUGACUAUCUUCCUUCACAUUUGAAACAAUGUUUCGCGUUCUGUUCACUGUUUCCCAAAGAUUAUGAGAUAAAGAAGCAGACUUUGGUCAAUCUUUGGGUGGCUGAAGGAUUUAUCCGGCCAUCGAAUAGAAGUCAACAUUUAGAAGACAUUGCUCAUGGAUAUUUCAUGGAUCUACUUAGGAGCAACUUCUUCCAAGACUUUCAAGAAUACAAGGAGACUUGCAAGAUGCAUGAUUUGAUGCAUGAUCUAGCCUGCGUAGUUGCAGGGAAUGAGUGUGGGGUGGCAUUGGAUGACACAAAAUCCAUAAAUGAAAGAGCACGUCAUCUAUGUGUCGGUGACCUUCCAAUCUCACACUUGAAAGCAAGUCCCCUGAGAACAUAUCUCUCUCUUAUGCGACGACCAAUAAGUGAAGUAGAUUUACGCCAACUCAUUCAAAGUUUCAAGAGGUUGCGCGUCUUGGAUCUGCAUACCACAUAUGUAGAGAAGGUGCCAAGGUCCAUUUGUAAGUUGAAGCAUCUCACGUAUCUCGACCUCUCUGGCACUCAUAAACUAAAAAGACUUCCGGACUCCAUUACGAGACUGCAGAAUUUGCAAACACUUAAUCUCAACAAUUGUCGUGCCCUUGAAGAAUUGCCGAAGGGUAUAAGAAAGUUAGUCAGCCUUCGAAAUCUAUACAUAGAUGGUUGUGAGGAACUUAGUUAUGUGCCACGUGGACUAGGUCAGUUGAGUUCUCUAAGUAGGCUAACGCGCUUCAUUUUGCCUAAAGAUAAAGCUCUUGCUAAGAAUGGUUGUGAACUUGGGGAGCUAAAAGAGCUUAAUAACAUCCGAGGAAGCUUUUGCAUUGAGAAUUUGGGAAGCGUGACGGAUGCAGUAGCAGAAUCCAGGGCUGCGAACUUGAUAGGGAAGCAUUCACUGGAAUCUUUGAAACUUAAAUGGGGCGAUUUUGAUAUUGAUGAUGCAGUAAUUGGGAAUAGAGAUGAAGUGCUAUUAGAUGGACUGAGGCCGCACUCAAAUCUGCAGGAGUUGACUAUCAAUGAAUAUAAAGGUGAGAGCUUUCCAAGGUGGAUGAUGGACAAUCUUGUGUCUUCCUUGCCAAAUUUAGUUGAGGUAUGCUUCUCCAAAUGUGGAGGAUGUAAAAGUCUUCCUCCACUAGGCCAACUACUUCACCUUAAGACUAUGGAGAUUUGGAGUCUGACUGAAUUGGAAUACAUUGUAUCGGAUCAUCCAUUCACUUCAACAAUAUCAUUUCCUAGUCUAUUGGAAUUAGGUAUCCACAAUUGUGAAAAAUUAAAAGCUGUCCCACCAACUCCGCAUCUCGAGGCGUUAUCGCUGAUUAGGGCCCACCCAGCGUUAAUAAAUAUGAUAGUUGGCCUUAAUAAGUUGAAGCACCUGGUAAUCAUGGAGAUGGAGUCUCUAGAAUGUGUGCCGGAGGAGUGCUGGAAAGGCCUCGCCUCCCUCGAAUCUCUUGCCAUCUGUCUUUGUCCUGGGUUAACUUCCCUCUCAAAAGCAGCACCACCACCACCCCCACUGGGUACGCGACAUCAAUCCAACCAGGUGGAUCUCGAUUCUUCGGAUUCUGAGGAGCUGCAUUUAUCCAAUUACGACGAAAGCAGCGGCGGCAACAACCUCAUCUUGGAACUUCACAGUCUCCGCUCCGUGAGACUCUGGGGACUUCCAAAACUAGCAUCUCUCCCACGGUGGCUUCUCCAGCUCAGCAAUCUCGAGGAUCUCGAUAUUCGGCAUUGUCGGGAGCUGGAUAUAUGCAAAGACGAGAGCAGCAACCUCAUCAUCUUGGAUUCCCAUGGAGGACUCCAUCACAGUCUCCGCUCCGUGAGACUCAAAGGACUUCCAAAACUAGCAUCUCUCCCACGGUGGCUUCUCCAGCUCAGCAAUCUCGAGCGUCUACGUAUCUGUGAUUGUCGGGAGCUGGAUAUAUGCAAAGACGAGAGCGGCAACCUCAUCAUCUUGGAUUCCCAUGGAGGACUCCAUCACAGUCUCCGCUCUGUGAGACUCGAAGAACUUCCAAAACUAGCAUCUCUCCCACGGUGGCUUCUCCAGCUCAGCAAUCUCGAGGAUCUCGAUAUUCGGUUUUGUGAGGAGCUGGAUAUAUGCAAAGACGAGAGUGGCAACCUCAUCAUCUUGGAUUCCCAUGGAGGACUCCAUCACAGUCUCCGCUCCGUGAGACUCGAAAAACUUCCAAAACUAGCAUCUCUCCCACGGUGGCUUCUCCAGCUCAGCAAUCUCGAGCGUCUACGUAUCUGUGAUUGUCGGGAGCUGGAUAUAUGCAAAGACGAGAGCGGCAACCUCAUCAUCUUGGAUUCCCAUGGAGGACUCCAUCACAGUCUCCGCUCUGUGAGACUCGAAGAACUUCCAAAACUAGCAUCUCUCCCACGGUGGCUUCUCCAGCUCAGCAAUCUCGAGGAUCUCGAUAUUCGGUUUUGUGAGGAGCUGGAUAUAUGCAAAGACGAGAGCGGCAACCUCAUCUUGGAUUUCCAUGGAGGACUCCAUCACAGUCGCUGCUCCGUGAUUCUCAUUGGACUUCCAAAACUAGCAUCUCUCCCACAGUGGCUUCUACAGGCCAGCAAUCUCGAGCAUCUCGAAAUUAAGGGUUGCAAGGAGCUAGAUUUAUGCAAAGACGAGAGCGGCAACCUCAUCUUGGAUUUCCAUGGAGGACUCCAUCACAGUCUCCGCUCCGUGCGGAUCUCCCGCCUUCCCAAAACAGCAUCUCUCCCACAGUGGCUUCUACAGGCCAGCAAUCUCGAGCGCCUCAAAUUAAAGGAUUGUGAGGAGCUGGAUAUAUCCAAAGACGAGAGUGGCGGCAACAUCAUCUUGGAUUCCCAUGGAGGACUUCAGAGCCUCCGCAAUGUGGAUCUCAAAGGCCUUCCCAAACUAGCAUCUCUCCCACAGUGGCUUUUACAGGCCAGCAAUCUCAAGUGUCUUGAAAUUUUCCGUUGCUCCAAUUUGAAGGCAUUACCAGAGCAGAUCGAGGCCCUUCAAUCACUUCAAUGGCUCACAAUCGGCGAGUGCCCCUCGCUGACGUCAUUACCCGAAGGAAUGCGAAGGCUCGCAUCCCUUACUUACCUGAGAAUCUACUAUUGCCCAGAAUUGGAGAGGAGGUGCAAGAGAGAUGGAGGCGAGGACUGGGACAAGAUCGCUCAUAUCCCCGACAUACGACUUGGACGAGGGUAGAACGAGCCCCUAAUUUUCCUUACUGAAGAUCGGUGAAAGGUUUGGGACCUGGGCAUAUCCCCUUGGAUGCUUGAUUCGAUUGGGGAUUAGGGUGCGUGGGAACAUCGCUUUAUUCCCCAGAAGCGCAAAAGAAAAAACAUAGAGAAAAAAUUCUGAUGCCCUUUCUCAUCCAACUCCGAGCUCAUUGAAUCUGGCUCGUGACUCAUGCUACAGAUAUGGUGUGCAAUCUGCUCAUUUGAUUUCCACAAGGAGAGUCUCCGCUCCGUGGCAAUCGUUGAACUUCCAAAACUAGCAUCUCUCCCACAGUGGCUUCUACAGGCCUGCAAUCUCGAGGAUCUCUGUAUCGAUAGUUGUGAUGAGCUGGAUAUAUGCAAAGACGAGAGCGCAACCUCAUCUUGGAUUUCCAUGGAGGACUUCAUCACAGUCUUCGCUCCGUGGCAAUCGUUGAACUUCCAAAACUAGCAUCUCUCCCACAGUGGCUUCUGCAGGCCAGCAAUCUCGAGGAUCUCACAAUUUGGGGUUGCUUCAAUUUGAAGGCAUUACCAGAUCAGAUCGAUGCCCUUCAAUCACUUCAACGGCUUUACAUCUACGAUUGCCCCUCGUUGACGUCAUUACCCGAAGGAAUGCGAAGGCUUGCAUCCCUUACUCACCUAAUAAUCACAUAUUGCCCAGAAUUAAAGAAGAGGUGCAACAGAGAUGGAGGAGAGGACUGGUACAAGAUCGCUCAUAUCCCCCACAUACAACUUGGAUGGUGGCAGAUCGAGCCCUAAUUUUCUUUACUGAAGAUCGGUGAAAGGUUUGGGGCCUGGAAAUAUCCCCUUGGAUGCUUGAUUCGAUUGGGGAUUAGGGUGCGUGGGAACAUCACUUUAUUCCCAGAA